AAUGCAGAGGUGAUCGCCAUGAUCAAAAACAGAGGCAUGAGUGAAACAUGCAAAGUUUUGUUAAUGGAACAACAAGAAAAUACUAACAGAUGUGCUAUUAUGAAAUCUCUAGAACGAUUAUAUAGCAAAUAUCAACAUUUGAACAAAAAUAAAGCGCGAGUCAAAGGAAAAGAAAAUUUAAAAAGAUUCAUGGAUACCAAAUACACAUGUCCUGAAAAUCAAGUCAAAUCAGAUGCACACAUUAACUUAAAACCUCUUAGCCAGAUCUGUCCAAUUAAUGAUCCGAAAUCAACAGAAACACUAUCCACUGUUGUAUUAAGUAUAGCAAGUGAACUGGGAGAAAAAAAUUCUGAGAAUUUGCAGAUGAAAGAUGAAUUGGAGACUGUGAUUGAAGAGAACACAAAUUUAUGUCUCAAUUUAGAUGAACAAUCAAGGAUAAUACAAGACAGAAACAGACAAUUAAAAAGAACAUCAAGUAGGGAGAUUUAUUGGAGAGAGAAAUGUCAGAAAUUAAAUUAUGAUGAAAGAAUUUACACUGAAGAUGAUAUGAUAACCAAACACAUGACAAUAGCAGGACUUGAAAAACAAGUUAAAGACAAAAACAAACAAAUAAAAGAAUUAAAUGAAAGACUAUCUGAAUUGGAAGUUGAGAACUGUAAACUUAAAAAGACUAAAGAGGCAAUCAUUUUUGAUGAAGAAAGUAAAACUUACAGCACUGAUGCUCAUUUAUGUGUAUAUUCAUUAUUAAAUUGCAAUGUAGCAUUUGAACAAAUUGGACAAGUAAUGUCAGCAGUUCUUAAUUUAGUAAAUAUUCAGCCAAAUAAAUUGCCAUCUGUUGGAACAAUUCAUAAUUGGUCGAUUGAACGUGGAUUAAUAUCAAAAAAACAAAUGGCAGAUUUAGUAACAAAAGAAAAUACAACCUUGCAUAGUGAUGAAACUUCAAAAUAUGGCACUAAAUGGGGAGCAUUUGCAACAAGAGAUGAUGAUGGUUGUUACACUCUUCUCGGUUUGCAAGAAAUGGCAACAAAGUCAAGUGAUGACACUUUAGAUACAUUUAAAAACAUACUCAAAGAUAUAGAGAGUGUUUCUUCUGAUGGUGUUGGAAACAAAAUAUUAUUCAAUAUAAAAAAUACUAUGUCCGAUCGUGCAUCUACUGAAAAAAAAUUCAAUGAAUUACUUAAAGAUUACAGAAAUUCUAUAUUACCAGAAGUAUUUAAUAAUUAUGAUUCAUUUUGUGAAGAAGAAAAAAUUGCAUAUUCUGAAAUGAAUAAUUUUUUUUGUGGACUCCACACUCUUGUUCAUUUAGCUGAAACUGCUCAAAAAACAUUAUUAGAAACAGAAAAAUUACAUUUCAACAAUGACAUUCCUAAACUAAAUAAACAUUUUGAUAAACCUUCUCAGCCAGGUACAAUACGGCUUAUUCAUACAUCUUGCAAAGCAUUUGCAAGACGGGGUGAUGCAAAGAACGGUUGCCAUAGUAACUUUUUAACUUUUCUGAGUGACACUUAA